CUUCACAUGGCAGUCGCGAUGGACGUCAAUGGCAUCGCACCUUCCCUUCCAAUGUGCAGAUUUAUAGAACGAUGACAGUACUAGCUCGCCAUCUCCGCUCAAGAUGGCUGCCACGCAAUGCGCCAAUAUGUGCAAAUCCCCAGGGUAUAUAUGCUCUCUCUCUACAUUACUUGCGCCGGGAGCUGCACGGCUUUCAUAGGACCCCUCAACUUCGAGAAAAGGCCGAAAAUCCAAGCAGCGAUCCUAGGAUAAAUGAUUUGGAAAGGGCUAUUGAAGAUGAUUUUGCGACUAUUAGAGAGAAAUAUGCUACGCCGAAAUACCCAAUCGUGCUCGCCCAUGGCCUUAUGGGCUUCGAUAAGCUCAAAUUCGCCGGCGAUUUCAUCCCCGGUGUCGAAUACUGGCGCGGAAUUGUAGAAGCACUGGAAGCCAACGGCGUCGAGGUUAUAACCGCCUCGGUCCCUCCAUCUGCCAGCAUUGAAGAGCGCGCUCUCAAGCUCGGCCAGGAUAUUGCGCAGAAGGCAAAUGGGAGGAGUGUCAAUAUUAUUGCUCAUAGCAUGGGAGGUCUGGAUGCGCGGUAUAUGAUCUCGCGCCUCAAGCCGGAGAAUGUUGAGGUACUUUCCUUGACGACGGUUGCGACGCCACAUCGCGGGUCUGCCUUUGCGGACUUCAUGUUUGAGGAGAUAGGCCCGAAGAACCUACCGACGCUGUACAAGAUAUUCGAGGGCGUGGGACUAGGAACAGGGGCAUUCAGUCAACUAACAAGGAAAUUCAUGAUCGAGGAGUUCAAUCCCAAGACGCCUGACAAGCCUGGCGUACAGUACUUCUCCUACGGCGCGGACGUGCACCCUGGUUUCUGGAGCGCGUUUAAGCAACCGCAUAAGGUUGUGGAGAAGCUGGAGGGUCCGAAUGAUGGGCUGGUGAGUGUGGGGAGCAGCAAAUGGGGCACGUAUAAGGGGACGUUGGUGGAUGUCAGCCACUUGGACCUGAUCAAUUGGAGCGCCAUCAGGGUGUUCAUGAGUAAGAUCAAUGGGGGGAAGAGGAGGUUCAACGCUAUUGCGUUCUAUCUUGACAUUGCUGACAUGCUGGCCAAGGAAGGCUUGUGAUGAGCGGCUGUGGUCUGAAACUUUGUCACGUUUUUACGCGUGGCAAGGCAGAUUUAUUGGGAUUUGGGGUGUGAAGCAUCACUUUAGGUUAGAAAGAAGCGGUGCAUAUCGCCCACUACAGUAUGGCGGUAUACUGCGGCAUCUGGAUGAGGGGGAAACACAGAAGCCCAGGCCUCUCUCUCCUGUACAAUUAGUUCCAUACGCGCUGGUGGUUGAGGCGCAGUUUGGAUUAGAAAUAGAUACCCAGGCA